UCUUUUACGAAACGAAUCAAACAAAAACAAAAAUGGCUGCGCCCAUGAAGACAAUCAGUUGUCAUUUGAAACUUCGCAGAACGGCUUUAAACUUAAUAACACGACAUAGAUAUUUUAGUACAACAAAUAGAAAGGAAAAAGGUCUUGUUUUGGGAGUCUAUGAGGGAGAUGAUGAAAUCUUGUUAACAAAAGCAACAGAAAAAUUUGAUAACAAAGUCAACAAAAAACUUACAAAUGGCAUACAACUAGUCAAGAAAAAAUUAAAGAAAGGUAAAAGUCGUACAUUUUAUGGAUUGGAUGCCGAAUUUUCUACAGUUACAGCUGUAUGUAUAGGGAAAAAAGGAAUUGGAUACAAUGAACUGGAAGGAUUAGAUGAAGGCAGAGAUCAAAUUAGAAUUGCUGUUGCUAGAGCAGUUAGACAGUUACAAGAUAUUGGAGAGACAGAAGUAGAGGUGGACCCUUGUGGAGAUGCUGAAGCUGCUGCAGAAGGCAGUGUUUUAUCAUUACAUUCUUAUGAUGAACUGAAAUCAGAGGACAAACAGAAGCCUCAGGUCAAGGUCAUAUGUUACACACAAUUUUCUCAGGACAGGGAUAAGACCCGUGAUCUGUGGACCAGAGGAGUAUAUUUGGCGGAGGGACAGAUGUUCGCCAGUAAAUUAAUGGAGAUGCCAGCAAAUAAAUUAACACCUACAAUAUUUUCACAGAUUGUUAGUGAAAGGUUGUCAAACACAAAUAAAGUAUCUGUUACAGUGAGAGACACUGAGUGGAUAAAGUCACAGAAGAUGGAAUCUUUCCUGUCUGUAGCUAAAGGAUCUGAGGAACCCCCUGUAUUCUUAGAGAUGGAAUACAAGGGAACUAACUCUUCAAAUAGUCCUGUAGCCUUGGUUGGAAAGGGAGUUACAUUUGAUAGUGGAGGAAUAUCAAUCAAACCAUCAGCUAACAUGGAUAUGAUGAGGGCUGAUAUGGGUGGUGCAGCAUGUGUAGCAGGAUCUCUACUGGCUGUAGCUAGACUUAAUUUACCAAUAUAUAUCAAAGCAUUUAUUCCAUUAUGUGAAAACAUGCCAAGUGGUAAGGCAACAAAACCAGGCGAUGUUGUUACGGCUAGGAAUGGUAAAACUAUACAGGUAGAUAACACAGAUGCAGAGGGCAGAUUGAUUUUAGCAGAUGCUUUAUGUUAUGCUGAUACAUUUAAUCCCACUGCUGUAUUAGAUAUGGCUACACUUACAGGUGCAAUUGAUGUAGCUCUAGGAUCAGCAGUUACAGGUGUAUUUUCUAAUUCUAACACUAUGUGGGAACUUCUUCAGAAGGCUGGUAGUAGAACUGGUGACCGUGUAUGGAGAAUGCCUUUAUUACAGCAUUAUAGUAAACAAGUAACAGAAUCACAACUAGCAGACGUCAAUAAUAUUGGUAAAUAUGCACGGUCUGGUGGAGCUUGUACUGCUGCAGCAUUUCUUAAGGAAUUUGUAACUGCAAAGCAGUGGAUGCAUUUAGAUAUAGCAGGUGUUAUGAUGAACCAAGAUGAAGUUCCAUACUUAUCCAAGGGAAUGUCAGGUCGCCCAACAAGAACAGUAGUUGAAUUUUUAAAGUUACUUAGUGAACAGUCUUGAUGAUAUUAGUACUUUAGACAUUAAAGUGUGUAAAUGUGAUAAAUGUGAUGGUAGAAUUGAUAAUACAAUUUUGAGAUAGAA